AUGUCGCAUGUUCAAAAGGUCGCUAUUGUGGGCUGCGGCUCUAUCGGAGCCUCUUGGGCUGCUCUAUUCCUAGCGCAAGGCCUCCAAGUAUCGGCUUUCGAUGUCAACCCUGCUGCUGAGACGUUCCUUCGAACCCUUGUUACCGACGCACUACCUAUUCUUUCGACUCUGGGUCUCGUCAAGAACGCCGAAGCUAAAGCACAAGACAUCUUCUUCACGACAAACAUGACAGAGGCUCUCACAGAAGCCGAUUUUGUGCAAGAAAACGGGCCGGAGAAAUUGGACUUCAAGCGCAAAUUAUUCAACGACAUGGCGAAUAUUGUUCUGCCAACCACAAUCAUCGCUACGAGCAGCAGUGGCUUGACUUGUUCAAGCAUACAGCUCGGAAUGAGUACAUCGAGCCGGCCUGAGCGGUGUGUUGUUGGCCAUCCUUUCAACCCUCCGCACCUCAUCCCCCUCGUGGAGGUAGUUGCCGGUAGCCAGACAUCAUCUGAAACUGUCAGCACCACGAUGGAAUUUUACGAGAGAAUUGGGAAGAAGGCAGUGCACGUUAAAAAAGAAGUCGUCGGUCAUGUCGCCAACCGUCUUCAGGCAGCCUUGAUGAGAGAGGUCAUGUACUUACUACAGGAAGACGUUGCCAAUGUUGAGGACAUCGACAAAGCAAUGAGUUACGGCCCUGGUCUACGGUGGGGCGUCAUGGGUCCGAACAUGUUACUGCACCUGGGAGGCGGUGAGGGCGGGAUUGAGUACAUGGCGGAACAUUUACUGGGACCCUUGAUGUCUUGGUACGCGCCUGAAGACCCUCAAGUAACAGACGAAUUGAGGCAGAAGUGGGUCUUGGGAACGAGACAGGCCGUAGAUGACAGGGCCUACCGACAGCUCGCGAAGCAACGCGACGAAGAGUUGGUAAGACUCCUGAACAGGGGCAACAUGGGUUCUUAUUACCAACAACGCCUCUACAUCCUCGACACAGACCUGUCCCAUCCGCCAGAGAGUCGCCGAGGACGCAUUUUAUCAUGCCUCACCGAUGGAAGCGACCUUAGGACUGUGAUAGACAACAUGUCAACUCUCCCCGACGGAAUAGCGAUCGAUCACGCCAAUGACCACAUGUACUGGACAAAUAUGGGAUCUAGCUUCAAGUCAAACGACGGCUCGAUCGAACGAGCCAACCUGGAUGGCUCAAAUCGACAAGUCAUUGUACCAGAAGGUACUACGGGUGUCUUCACGCCGAAGCAAAUCACUAUUGCGGAGCAAAGUAAAAAGCUAUACUGGUGUGAUCGGGAGGGAAUGAAAGUCAUGCGAGCCAGCUUGGAUGGCUCUGAUGUCGAGAUCCUCGUCUCAACGGGUAACACUGAAGAGGAGAGAUUGGAUCAGAAGACGUGGUGCGUUGGUGUCGCUGUAGACGAACAGCAAGAUGUCUUCUAUUGGACACAGAAAGGCCCAUCAAAGGGCAACCAAGGACGGAUUUUCCGUGCACCGAUACACGCCUCUUUCGAAGACCGAUCCAAACAAAUCGAAAUGGUAUUUGGCAAACUACCCGAGCCAAUCGACCUUGAUAUCGACGAGGUAAAUGGCGCGCUAUAUUGGACAGAUCGGGGAGAUCCUCCUGCCGGAAACACUCUCAAUCGAGCCAUGAUGUCCGAUGCUGGGAAACGGGAAACCCUGGCUAUACGGCUACACGAAACCAUUGGUUUAUCACUGGAUCAGCGGGCUGGGGUAGCGUACGUGACAGACCUUGCCGGCGGCGUCUACUCUGUUGAUACGAAAACUCGAAAGAAGACUGUGUUGUUUUCGGAGUUGGGCGACAUUACAGGAAUUGCAUUAGUAUGA